AAGGGAAAAAGUAGAAUUUUUAUUUUAAAGAACGUUUUCAUAAUGAUUAUUUUGCUAAGAAUAUAAGUUAUUGAAAUAGAAGAUGACGAUUCCGGGACGAAUAAGAAAACUGGACGAAAGCGUAAUAAAUCGCAUUGCUGCCGGUGAAAUAAUUCAAAGGCCAGCAAACGCUCUAAAGGAAUUAAUCGAGAACAGCCUCGAUGCUAAAUCCACCAACAUUCAAAUUUGGGCAAAGGAAGGAGGCUUAAAGUUACUGCAGAUUCAAGACAACGGUACAGGCAUUCGUGUAGCUGAUUUGGCUAUAGUCUGCGAACGUUUUACCACCAGUAAAUUACAAGAUUUCGAUGACCUCCAGUCAAUUUCAACUUAUGGUUUUAGAGGGGAAGCUUUGGCUAGCAUUAGUCACAUCGCACAACUCACUAUCACGACCAAAACAAUAAACGAAAAGUGUGCUUACAGGGCAUCUUAUAUCGAUAGUAAAUUAAAGGGGCCUCCUGUUCCUUGCGCCGGCAAUCAAGGAACAAUAAUAACAAUUGAAAAUUUAUUUUAUAACGUUGAGACACGUAGAAAGGCAUUGUCAACUUACACGGAAGAAUUUGUAAAAAUUUUAGACGUUGUUAAUAAAUAUGCCAUUCAUAAUCCAAAUGUAGGAUUUACUUUAAAAAAGCAUGGUGAGCUGGUAACACAAAUUCGCACUCCACAAUCAUCUACUAAAAUCAAUAAUAUACGUCUUUUAUAUGGGAAUAAUAUUGUAAAAGAAUUAUUGGAAGUUGAAUUAGAUGACCACGUAUACAAAUUUAAAUUACACGCAUUGAUAACAAAUGCUAAUUAUUCGAGCAAAAGAUUGACGCUCUUGCUAUUUAUUAAUCAUCGAUUAGUCGAUUCAAAUCCUUUAAAAAAAACUAUUGAAGAUUUAUAUACUGUAUAUUUACCAAAAAAAUCACAUCCAUGGUGCUACAUUUCCUUAGAAAUAGAUUCCCAAAAUAUCGAUGUUAAUGUACAUCCAACGAAACACGAGGUGCGAUUUCUUUAUGAAGACAUAAUCAUUGAAAAAAUAAAAAAUACACUCGAUGAAAAGCUUACUUCGAAUAAUUCAUCUAGAACUUUUUACAUUCAAGCUAAACUUCCAAAAGUUGACAUUACAAAAGAAAUUAUGCAAGAAGCUUUACCAGACACGCAAAAUGAAUCGAGUAAGAUGAAAAAAAUUCAGCCAAAAGAUAUGAUACGAACGUGCUCGUCCGAUCAAAAAUUAGAUAAAUUCAAUUUCACCAGUUCCUUUAUAAAUAAAUAUAGUAUUACAAGUAUUAAUAAAGAAGAUAGAUUAAAUACUAAUAUAGAAGACGCGGAGGAUAUUGGUAUACAAAAUACACAUGGUACUGAUAUAGAGGAUGCACAAGACAUUGGUAUACAAGAUACACAGAACAUUAAUAUGGACGAUUCGCAGACUAUUAAUAUAGAAGAGACACAAGAUAGUAGUAUAGAAGAUACAGAGUAUAAUAGGCUAGAAGAGACACAAGAUAUGAAUAUAGAAGAUGCACAGGAUAUUGUUAUACAAGAUACACAGGAUCUUAAAAUAAAAGAUAAGCACGAUAUUGAUAUAUCUAAGGAUACAGAAGCUUAUAUUGAUGAUUCGGAUUUCUCAAACGAUUCAAAUAUUACAGUGGAAACUAAGGACAUUUGCAGAUCAGUAAGUGCAGAAAACGAUGAUUCGGAUAUGCAAAAGGACUCUAACGAAUCAUUCAAAAGCAAUUCUAGUUGUUCUGCUCUAGAAGAGAAUGAAAAUAGCGAUACAUGUUCUAAAAAAAGUAGACAACCCAUUGAUUUCAAAUCAUAUUCUGUUAAUGAAGUACGAAUAGAGACGAAAUUAUUGAGUGUAUUAACAUUACGAAAGGAAAUAGAAGAUACGUAUCACGAAGGAUUACGUGACAUACUUUCUAAUUUGAUUUUUAUUGGAUGCAUCGAUGAAUGCUCAGCAUUAAUUCAAAGUGGAAUUAAUCUGUACAUUUGUAAUACUCAAAAACUUGCGGAAGAACUUUUUUAUGAAAUUAUGCUGUACGAUUUUGCUAACUAUGGGGUGAUAAAAUUUUCAGAACCAUUAUUAAUUCAAGAUUUAGCGAUACUUGGACUUGAAUGCGAGGAAGCAGGUUGGUCAGAGAGCAUAGGAGAUAAGAAAGAUUUGGCAAUGCGUGUGCAAGAAUUAUUACUUGAAAAAUCUGAUAUGUUAAGACAAUAUUUUUCAAUAUGUAUAGAUAAAAAAGGAUACCUUAAGUCUUUACCAAUUUUAUUAGAAAAUUAUAUUCCCAGUCAAGGAGAGAUACCGUUAUAUUUGUUAAGAUUGUCAACCGAAGUGAAUUGGACGAAAGAAAAGCCAUGCUUUAAUGACGUUUGUCGGGAAACCGCAAAGUUUUAUAGUAAAGUAGACAUUACAAAUGAUUCGUGGAAAAAUAUAACUGAAAAUAUCUUAUAUAAUGCUAUAAAGGAAAGCCUUUUACCUCCAAAACAUUUCUCAUACGAUUCGACAAUUUUGGAAAUAACGAGUUUACCUAGUUUAUAUAAAGUUUUCGAACGCUGCUAAAGUGAAUGUUGAAAUAUUGUAAAAUUUUUGUAAGUAAAAUGUUUGGUGAUAUAAAAAUAAGAAUAGUUUUGUACAAAACACUGUUAUGCUUAUAAAUUGAAAAA